CGCGCGUUCAACAUGCAUCCAUUGAGGCCACGAAGAAGAAGUCAGACAGCUAAGCUAAUGGUAGCUCAGCAGAAGAUUAUGUUGUAAAUAAAACAGUAAAUAUGGAUAAAAAGAAGAAAACUCUGGAGGUUGCAGCGUCAUCGCUGGUGGACCUUAAAGCCGAACUUUACAGAAAGCAGGAACAAUUUAAACAAGAAAAACUCGGGCAGGAAACUCCAGAAGCUGGACUCAAAAUCAAAUUCAACUCUAAGAAGCCUAACAUCUGGAGUAAACCAAACGCUGGAGUUACAGCCAGAGCCGCUAAGGAUGCAGAGCAGCUGGCAGAGGAGCAGGUCAACCUGGACACAGCCAGGCGCAAACUGGAGGAGAAGGCCAGACUCUAUGAGCAGAUGACAAAGGGAGACUUCCCAGAUGAAGAGACGGAGGGACUGUACCUUGUUGACUUCACCCAGAAGAUAAUUGACAAGAAGAGAGAAACACUCGCGCAGAAGGAGAAGGAGGAUGAGGAAAAAGCUAGUUUGUCACCCAUACCUCCUCCCCAGAAUCCAGACGAGGAAUGGGUGGAUUAUGUGGAUGCUUUGGGAAGAUCUCGAAGAUGCAUGAAGAAAGAUCUGCCAAACUUCAUGAAAAUGGACCAGGAUCUUAACGGAAAAGGAGCGGUCUGGAUGGAUAAGACUUUACUCUCAGAGGACAUGCGGAGAGAGCUGCAGCGGCAGGAAUGGGAGCGUGAGGAAGAGGAGGCCAUGAAGAGGCCGGUUGGACCGAUCCACUACGAGGACAUUAGAGCACAAGAGGCACGAGAACUUGGUGUGGGCUACUUUGCUUUCGCUCAGGAUGAAGAGCGCCGCAGGAAGCAAAGAGAAACUCUGGACAUGCUCAGAGACCAGACAACAGAUCAGCGAACUAAAAGAGAACGACUCAAAGAGAAGAGGCAGGCCAUCCUGAAGGCGCGACUGGCCAAGGUGAGGCAGAGGAAGAUGAAGAAGACAAAGCUGGAUGGCACUGAAGAGGAGGAGAAGGAGGAAGAAAAUCCAGCGGAGGAAGAGGAGGAUGAAGCAGUCGGACCUUUCCCUCAGUCCGAUGUGCCACCGGAGGCCAGUAUUCUAAAGAAGGUGGAAGUGGAGAUUCAGGAGAGGAGGGACACCAAACCUGGAGUCCCUCAUGUCAGAGAAUGGGACAGAGGCAAAGAAUUCAUGUUCAGCGAGUGGAAAACGCGACGCAGAGACGAGCGAGAGUCUGAGUUUGCCCCUCCCUCCGCGUACUUCGCCGACGACAAAAGAGCAAAACCAGCAAAGACUAGAAAUCAACAGAAUAAAUCAACCAUGUUCUUUAAAUCAACAAAAUAUCCAGAGGAGGUCGCUGAGACUCAGACCAAACCAGAUGUGUUUUCCCCUCCUCAGCCUCAGAAGGAGGACCCCCCAGCAUCCUCUCAGUCUCCACAGCCCACACCUGCAGGGAGCUCCUCACUCCCAGCGCCGCCCUUUAUCCCCCAGUAUCCGCCUCCUCCCCCGUUUUACUCUCCGUUUCUUCCUCCUCCUCCCUUUCAUUAUGCAGGACCACCACAUUCCCUCCCUCCGUUCCCCCCACGGUACCCGUACCCGCCCCAGCCCCAGCAUGCACCCCGGGAUCCUCCUCCUCCAGGAGUAGAAAGCCAGGCUCCUGAGCAGCCUUCUGGAGGCGCUCCUCAGAGUUUAGAUGACAUGUUGUCCUUCUACAGGAACUCCACCUGAUGGGUCUUUUGUCAUAACAUAAAUACUUAAAUAGAGAAAAUAUAAACUGAGUCUAUUUUAGAAUCCAAGUGUUUAAUAAACAAAGGUUUUCUUUGAAAGCUGUUGCCUUUAUUCUUUUUAGUUGUAUUUGAAAAUGCUUUUGUUGUUCAUCGAUCAUGCUGCUCCAAGAAGCAUUCCCAAUGAAGCCGACGGGCCUUAAAUGUGGAGGAUUAUCAUCAACAUUAUUUGUCUUCUGAGUGUUGCAGUAUAAAGGUAGCCACAGGAUGGCGCUCUGCCAUUUGUAAAUAAAGCGGAGAAAGACCGCA